GUAUUAUUCAUUUCUUUAAGGCUCAAUAUAGAAAGCAAUUGGUUAAAAACCAUAUUGAAGCAUAUGAUCUUAUCCAGGAACUUGAAACCAAUACAACUCCUCUUAAUAUUCUUGAUGCAAUUUUGUUUACGGCCAAUGCAUGA